AUGUUUUCAUCAAAUACUCAAGAUGAUCAUAAUGUGUCCGAUUUGAGUUCAACAAUAACAAACAUCAAUACAAAAUCUCAAAAAAUUAAUAUUCAUUCGAAUCAAUUGAUAAACGAUGAAAAUGAAAUAAAUAAUUCAUCAUCAAUAUUUGAUACUUCAUUUCCAUAUAUGAAUGAAAAAUCUAAUCUAUUAUUAAAAUUAGAUGAUUUAUGUAUAAAACAAAUAAAAUUAGAAGAAAUAAUAAAUGAUAUUCAAAAAAAUAUAAUUACUCAUGAUUUAAUAGAUAAUUAUAAAAAACAAAUUGAACACUAUGAAAUAAUUUUACCAUACAUGAAUAAUUUAGAAGAAUUCAAAGAUAAAUGGACAUUUUUUCGUUUAUUUAUUUGGCGUUUUUGUUUAGAUAUAUAUAAUUGGAAAUCACUUGCUCAUUCGAUUUAUCAUAUUGACUAUUUAGUCAAUAAUCUAGAUAACUAUCAAAUCAAAGAAUUUAUACAAAAAAAAUUCAAAAUUUUAUUAAAUUCUUUUAUUUUAUUUAUUAAAGAUAUAAUUACUACACAAAUUAAAUCAGAAAAAGGACCGUUAAAAGAUCAGACAACGAAACAAAAUGAAUCAUCAAGAAUUAAUUCACGACCAUAUAUUACUUUUGAACUUGAUGACAUUCGUAAAUAUCAACGACAAGCAUUAUUAAAGUCACCAUAUGGUGCCAUUCCACUUUAUAGAAGACAAGCAUGGGUAGCAGCAGCUAAUCUAUCGCAUGAUCAUUCGUUACAUCUAUUACGUCAUAUGCAAAAUUCACUUCGGAUAAAAAUACAUCAUUUAUUUGGUUAUGAUCCAUCUCAUAUUUGUAAUAGAGAUAAGAAAAAGAAAAUUAAGAAGAAUUCAGUUAUGGAAAUAUUUAAUACAAGUCAAGAUAUAUUAAUUGUUGGUAAUAACAAUAAACUAUAUCGAGGUCGUAUUAAUUCAUGUCAAAUAAUUCCAUUAAAAACUACAAAAGAAAAAAAAUCAAAAAUAAAAACAAAUGUUGAUGAAAAUAAUGAAAUACUGAAAAUUAAUUUCGAUCAACUUGAUCAAACAAAUAAGACAAUAGCUGAUGAACAUUUAUUUGACUAUUUAGAUUGGGAAACACAAUUUAAUGAACAAGAUUUACCAGAUGAACUUUGUGAAGAAUUGUUUCAUCAUUGGAAAUCGAUUAUAUUUGAAGAUCAACCAUGUAUUUGUAAUUCUAAAUCAAAAUCAAUUCUAUCUCAAGAAAAAGAUAAUCAAGAAUAUAGUUUAAUUAAUACUCAAAUUCAUUCAUCAACGUCUUCAUUAAAAGAUAUUUAUGAUGAUCGAUGUAUUUGUAGUGAUUGCUCAUGUAAUUGUGAAAAAUAUGGACAUCACGAAUCUAAAUGUAUUUGUUCACAAUGUUCAUGUACAUGUUUAAAAGACUUUCAAAGUGAAAAUCAAGAUUAUAUGGAAGAUUUAUUUGAAAUUUGUGAACAAAAGAGUCCAUUUUUAUCAACAGAUAAUAAUUCACAAGAUCAUUUAACUAACGAAAUAAAUAUGCAACAAGAAUUUCAAUUAAUUCCGAAUGAUCAAGCAUCAAAUGUAGAAAGAAUUCAAGAAAAUGAUGAAGAAGAUGAAAUAAUAAUAUCUGAUUGUUUUCUUAAUCGAAUUGAUCAAUGGACACAACAAUUCGAUCUAUUUCAAGAUACAUACCGAUCAUGUUUACUACCUGAAGAAAAUAAUUGUUCGACAUUAAACGAUAGUUCUCAGCCUAAAAUAUCAACUCCAAUUGCUUUUCGAUUUAAUAUGAUUUCUAACCCACUUGAAUUAGAUGAUCCUACACUUUUUCGACAACGAAUCCUCGAUCAUCAUCGACAACGCAAAUAA